AUGAGUCAACACCAGACGAUCGAUAUUCCUUUUCGAAAUGUUACGAAAAUUCAAUUUGGAACAUGGUUUCAUCGGGAAAAUGCUAAUUGUGACGAACCAAUAGAACGGAAUGAAAUACACGAUUUUCCUUGGACAUCUAUUCGACCAGAUUAUGAAGAAGGAUAUUCCUAUGCGCUUUUACUUUCACGAUGGCUGAAAUCUCUACAAACACGCGAAUCGAUUGCUCAACAUAUGGCCAUCUUUGAACAGGAUCUUUGUCAAUUGGCCGAAAAAUUAAAAGAAUUUACCUUUCUCGAUAUUUAUGACGAAAUUCAUUAUGAAAAAGUUGAAGUUUAUCGGUCAAUGGUUCAAAUUCGCUUUCCUCAGAGUCGAAUAGACGUUGAAAUAUCAAGAUUUUGUCUUUGGCUUUAA